CAUUAGAGUGCUACUAAAAUGAAACGGAGAGAAGGAACUAUGUUGUCAGAUACAGACGUAUUAACACACAAGUGCUUCGACAAUGCGAUGCGGAAAAACGUUAAAAUAGCAGCAAAUAUGCAGUGAAAAUUGGUGAAAAGAAAAAUAUGACCAAGAAAAUGGCAGAAGAAUAUGGCGGUGCUGAAAACUCUUGAGGAAACUGGUGAAAAUAGAGAGCGGAGCGUCAAUAACAAUGGACAAACCAAACAAACAACUAUGUAACUGCAAUUUAGUAUGUACAUACAUAAAGAACGUGACGAAAAUAAAAAAUAGAAACGAUAAAAAGCAAUAAUAAAAAACAGAAACGCAACUUCUUUUGAAACAAAUUCAGCAGAUUGCUAAACAAGUGACGAGCAAUAUUCAGCAAAAGCGAAACUUCAAUAAAAAUAAAACUACGAAAAUAAAAUUUAAUUCAAUAGAGGAGCAAUCAAAGUGCAAAUUAAGUGGAGGUUAUUAACUAAGAUUAAAGCAGGGCAUCUCGUGGUAACAUUUUGAUAGGAAAUGGGGCAAAAACUAAUAUUAUGGGCCACAUUCGGCAUAGUGUUGCUUACCACACAAUGGCUGGACGUGAUUAGCUCUACAAUUGGCAAAAGCUCGGAAUGGUCGUUCGGUGAUAACGGGGACACAUCAAGUACUGAUCUAUACAAUGACGGCGAUCUUAUCAGCAACGAACUGUCACCUUUCUUUAAUGAAAUUUCUUCUGAUGAAGAUUCAAACACUGAAAACGAGGGCGGAAACCUUGACUGGGAUGUAUUGAUAUUUACCCAGCAAUGGCCGGUCACCACAUGUUACCACUGGAGAGAAGAGGAUAGCACGCACGCAUGUAUUUUACCUGACAAGAAAGAAUUUUGGACUAUUCAUGGCGUAUGGCCAACGAAAUUGGGCCAUAUGGGUCCUAGUUUUUGUAACAAGACUGCUGAUUUUGACUUGAAUCAGCUCGAACAGAUACUAACAAAUUUAAAAACUUAUUGGCCAACAAUUGACGGUCAACAAAAAUUGGGGUAUUUUUGGGAGCACGAAUGGUUGAAACAUGGCACCUGCGCUGUAACCCUGGAAGAGCUAGACAACGAGUUGAAAUAUUUCAAGCAAGGAUUGGCUUGGCGGGAGCAGUUCUUAAUGUCGAAUAUCUUAGGAAAAGCAGGAAUACACCCAGAUUCGAAUAAUACAGUAGUUGCGCUGCAGACGGCUUUGCUUAAAACACUAGGAAAAAACCCCUCUAUACAUUGCAUAUACGACAACAAGCGGGAUAUGAGUUACCUCGAAGAGAUUCGCAUUUGCUUUAACAAACAACUCGAGCUUACUGAUUGCGACGGUGUCUUGCCGGGUGACGCCGUAUCAAUCAAUUAUCCAGGCGGAACAGUUAUCACAAAUUGCCACAUAUCAAAGCCCAUACAUUAUCCUAGCAAUAUGCCGCCAUUAUUAAGAAUGCAAAAACCUGAUUGGAAAUUUCCUGUAGUAAACACCUACAAGUUGUUACAAUUCAUUAUGUGGUUUACGCUGUAAAAAGGCAAAAAUUUCGAAGAGGUUUAAGUGGAACAACGGCAAGAUCAUUCAAGAAUGGGCGAAUUUUCAUAUAAAGCAUAUAAUGUAUUUAAAAUUAUUGUAAUUUGGAAAUGAAAAUUAUGAGCUACCGUUUAUAUACGAUUUGAUUUAAGUGAGUGCAUGUACGUACAUAGGUAGAUGAAAGAAAUUCAUAUAUUUUUAAUAAUGCAAAUGUAUAGACCUUUUUUGAAUGAUAGCAAUUUUUUAUACAUAAAACAUAAGGAACAUAAAACGUAAUUACGGGAUUUAGAUAAUUGAGAGAUACUUUCUACAUGACGGUUAGCACAUAUCUGUGGUCAUAAGCAAUAACCGCCUAAGUCGACUUAAAAAGAAUUGAGUUAUAUAUGCUAUCGUUUUCUGCAACUACUAUUCCAUGUGUAUGUGAUACUCCCAUCUCGUUACCUAGGCUAUUUAUAAAGUUAUAGAUGAAAAUAUUUUGGUUUCCCCAUAAGGUUAACAUUACAAUCCAAAUCUUUAAAGCGUUUUUUCUCGAAUUCGGGGUUUUCAACUUAGGCGAUUGUUGCUUAUUACCACAGAUAUUAACUUCGCGUAUAUUAGUACAUAAUAUCUAAAUAAUACAUUUAAAACGAUGCAGGCUUUCAAGCCGUCGUAAAAUUAAUUUAAUAAUUUUCAUUGCAAUUUUAUGGGUCGAUUAUGAAUAGCAACGCAACCUUAGUUGAGUUGCCGAAGAGCAACGCCACUGAAAUGAAAAUGUGUAUUACCCUGCAAAAAUCGCGACUACUCCAUGCAUGCGUGUAAAGAGUACUCCCUAAGGACCAAGGAGUACUCCAAAAUUAACCACAAUUCAUAUAAAAAAUAUGGUCCAAUUAACAUUGCGAUGUCCUAGGGCAGGACCAUAUACUCCAUGCCAGCAUUACAUCAGAGUAGCACAAAACUACUCCAACAUAUUAACAAUGGCAUUAUUGUUAUAUUUUUUCGUGUGUACACGCUUUUGUUCUUCACAUCUCAAAUGCUUUUUCGAACCUAAUAAAAACCAAGACAAAAAUUAAAAAUUACAUGUUGCCUCUGACGGCAUUCGAACCCGAACAUGCUGGGAGCUAAGAACUAACAGCGAGCAUCUCUACACGUUCAGCUACAGCCAGACAUGCAAAUGUGCUUUCAAAUGAUCAACUUCAAUCACAUUUCGUUAAAACACGAGCAGUGAUCGGAUAACAAACAAUAAGCUGCCGCAGAGACACGAAUUGGUCCGAUACAGCAUGACAGAGGAACACUGUUGUAAGUACUCCAAUUUACCACAAAUAGACUACAUGGUCCAACGAUUUUUGCAGGGAAUAAGCUGCCGCAGAGACACGAAUUGGUCCGCUACAGCAUGACAGAGGAACACUUUUGUAAGUACUCCAAUUUACCACAAAUAGACUACAUGGUCCAACGAUUUUUGCAGGGUAUGAACAGCAAAUAUAGUUACGUGCUACAAAGUUGAAUAUAAUCGAGUUUUGAGGGAGCAGCAACAAAGAUUUGAAUGUAAAUAAACCGUGGAAAGUUUAUAAAAAUAAAUAAAUUUUCAAAAUCAAAAUUUCCGCGGCAACCACAAAAAUGCAGAUGCCAAUAAGGCAACUCGGUUGCCAGCUUUCAGUUGCCAGGUGCCAUUAGUAAUACAAUUUCAGCCACUGGCAACGCAACUGAAGUUCGGUUGCCAUCCAUAAGCGACCCAUUAAAUAGAUCUUUUAGUUUAAUAUAAAUACAUAUUUGACAAUAGUAUAUAGAGAGAUUAGUUUCAAUAAAAUAGCAUAUGAACAAAACAACACAAAAAA